AUGAAUGAUACACGUAACGUGAAGAAAGAGAAGAAUCAGCAUAUACAAGUUUUCGUGCGUGUUAGACCAAUAAAUCACAGUGAGAAAAUUGGAAAAUCUAUUUCGGUAUUGGAAUUGCCAACUAACAAAGAAGUAGUGGUGCAUGAAAGGAUACAAGGCAGUCAUUCAAAAAAAUUCACAUUUGACAAAGUAUUUGGACCUGCAUCAAAACAGAUAGAUGUUUAUAAUACAGUUGUUAAUCCUUUGCUUGAUGAAGUAUUGGCUGGAUAUAAUUGUACAGUUUUUGCUUAUGGCCAAACUGGAACUGGAAAAACAUUUACUAUGGAAGGUGUUAGCAAUGAUCCAUCAUUACAUUGGCAAAGUGAUACUACAGCUGGAAUUAUACCACGUGCAUUGAGUCAUUUGUUUGAUGAAUUACGUUUGUUAGAAGCACAAGAAUAUACAGUUCGAGUUAGCUUUCUUGAAUUAUACAAUGAAGAAUUAUUUGACUUAUUAUCACCUUCUGAUGAUGCAUCUAAAAUAAGGCUUUAUGAAGAUGCUACAAGAAAAGGUUCAGUGAUCAUUCAUGGAUUAGAAGAAGUAACUGUACACAAUAAAAAUGAAGUUUAUAAGAUCUUAGAAAAGGGAUCAGAAAAAAGACAAACAGCUGCAACUUUAAUGAAUGCUCACUCGAGCCGUUCCCAUACAGUAUUUUCAAUUACAAUUCAUAUAAAAGAGAAUAAUGUGGAUGGCGAAGAACUAUUAAAAACGGGAAAAUUAAAUUUAGUAGAUUUAGCUGGAAGUGAAAAUGUUGGAAGAUCUGGUGCAGUUGAUAGGAGAGCAAGAGAAGCAGGAAAUAUUAAUCAAUCAUUAUUGACUCUUGGUCGAGUUAUAACAGCACUUGUUGAAAGAGCACCUCAUAUACCAUAUCGGGAAUCAAAAUUAACAAGACUUUUGCAAGAAUCAUUAGGAGGACGUACAAAAACGUCAAUUAUUGCAACAGUAUCUCCAGCAAGUGUAAAUAUUGAAGAAACCUUAUCGACGUUAGAUUAUGCUCAUCGUGCCAAAAAUAUUACAAAUCGUCCCGAAAUCAAUCAGAAGUUGUCUAAAAGAGCAUUGCUUAAAGAGUAUACAGAAGAAAUUGAGAGACUUAGAAGAGAUUUGUUAGCAGCACGUGAACGAAACGGUGUAUAUUUGGCACAUGAGAAUUAUAAUGAAAUGCAAGCAUUAAUUGAAAAUCAAACCAGGGAAAUUGAAGAAAAAAUAACACACAUUAAAGUACUUAAAGAAACUAUGGAUGCUAAAGAACAAAUAUUUAAUGAUUUAGAAGCGGAACAUCUCGCACAAACUAAUUAUCUGCAUAAAACUGAGGAACAAUUAGAAUGCACUACACAUAUUUUGAAAUCGACUGAAGCUCUUUUAGAAAUGACAGAACGUGAGAAAGAAGAACAAUGUCACUUAGUAGAAAAACAUGUAUCUACAGAAAAACAACUUUUAUCGCAAGCACAAAAACUCUUGGAUGUAGCAGAUGCAGCAACAGUCGAUGUAAAUAAGCUUCAAGAUAAAAUUUCUUACAAGAGACAAUUGGAACAAGAAAAUGAACAUAUUAGUCAUCAGUUCCGAAGUAAUAUUUCAAAACAGUUUCAAGAUAUAGAAAAUAAUGUUACAGUUAAUACACGAGAAUUUAUAGAUUUUUGCACUUCUAUGAAUAGUAAUAUUGAUUCACGAAUGGAACUAUUUAAAAAGGAUAUUGAUGCACUAGUCUACCAUAUGUCGAAUGAUAUUGUUAAUAAACAAAAAUUAGCAACAGAUGAAAUCAUGAAUAAUAUACAUAAUUCAUACAAACACUAUCACGAGUGGCUAGACACAGAAAUGGCACAGUCAUCUGAUAUGACUCAGCAUGAAUGCAAAUCUUUAAAUGACAUAUCUCUAAAAUUGACAUCAAAAAUUAAUGAUUUGAUAGAAGUUAAUAAUAUGGAAAUUAUAAAAAAUUUACGUUGUUUAAAUGACAACGUAUCUCGAAAGUUUGAUGAAUUAUUGGCAUAUACAAGUGAAUCUACAAGACAACUUUGUAACAAUAAGUUGCAAGAACGUGAUAAUUUACAUAAAAAUAUAGACAUAAUAAGACAGAAUAUACAAACUAUUCGUCAAGGUGAUGAUAAAAUCAUGGAAGAUCAAAAAAGGUUUAGAAAGUCGUUUGAAAGUCUAUGGCUACAAUUUAACAAAUUAAAUGAAAACAUGAAGGAGAAUUAUUCCACUGCAUGUACCACCUUAAAUCAUGUUAAUGAAGUUUGCAGCAGUACAACUAAUGAUAUUCUCAAUAACUGCCAAAAGGCUGUUGAAAGGAGCGAGACUCUGCAACAGGAAAUUCAGAAUGGUAUAGAUAUACUCAAAAACGAUGUUGUAUCUAGCACAGAAAAGAAUUGGACGUUAGCAGAGCAAAUUGUAGAACAUAGCCAUAAUUUAACUGACGAACUUCAAACUGACUUAAAUAAUCACUGCGAUGUACUAGCACAGAAUGCACUACAUGUCGAAAGUAAUACGACACAAAUGAAACAAAAAUUAAAGAUAGAUAAUUCUUCUUUUAUUGGAUCUAUCAAAAAUAUGUAUGAUACACUAGUACAAAGAAGAAAUGAUCACAAAAAGCUUGCAGAAGAAUUAAAAGAGAAAAAUCUACAAAUGUCCAUAGAACUGAAUGAUAAGCUCGCAAGUAGAAGUAAAAAUUCGUCUGACUGGAAUGACAAAACACUUAUAGAAAUACAUUCAAUUCAAGAAAAAAUUGGCAAAUUUCUUGAAGAUUUACGGCAUGACACGCCUACAGGUUUAACGCCGGCAAGAAAAGAAUAUCAAUAUUCACGACAUCUUAUUGCAACUUCGCCACACGAACGAAUUAUUCAGAGAUUUAGAGAAACAAGAAAUUACCUCGAUUGUUCCGAUGAUGAAGAAACAAUAUUGGUCAACAAUAACUCGCCGAAGAAGAAAUGUCCAAAUGCAAAUUAA